AUGGAUCUUGCUAUUGGCCAAAUGACUGAAAAUGUGACCAGCACUGUAUCGAAAGGAAAGUUACCCCUAUCAUAUGGCGAUUAUUUUUUACGUACGUAUGCGUAUUUGAUUCUCGGUACAAUACUCAUAAUGAUCAACAUCCCCGUCUUCCUGCUUGUGAUAACUCAUAAAGCACUCAGGAAAUCCUACUUGAUUCUUGCAACUGUAUUCCUCAAUAGUGGAUUUACUGGAAUCAGUUCGAUACUACUUGGAAUAAAACGAUUAAUUGAUACUGCUAAUGGGGAACAGUUUAUCGAUCAUCAUAAAUGUGUGAUUAAUAUACCCAUCUUUCUUUUCACAGCGGAAUUUCUAAGCGGAUGGAGUUUGCUGAUGAACAGCGCGGAAAGACUUUCUGUUGUUGCAUUCCCAAUAUAUUACUAUACUCAUAACAUGCACAUAAAUUACUCAUUAAUUGCUACGCAUUAUGGGAUUACUGUCACUGCGGUAACUACUGCUGUCGUUGCAAGUUUAAUUGAACCAUCUCGACGCAUAUCUAAUUUUUGCCUGCUGAAUAAAGCGUAUUCACCUCGUUACUAUCAAGCGUUAUUACUGCUAUCCUCUUCAGCUUCAAUGCUAAGCGUUAUCCUUAUGGUUGUUGUAGUUGUCAACCUCAGAAGGUAA